AUGAAAUUUAUUAAAAAUCUUCUGCUGUUAUUGGUUUUCAUAAAAUGCUCGCUGCAACAGAUUCAGGAUCCAAGCUUUCAAAGAUAUUGCCAACGUUUCAAUCAACCUCUAACCAGAUAUGAAAUCAGAAGCGAAGGAGAAGCAAUUCCCAAUCCUGUUGGUGACAGAUGCACUGUUUCGAUGGAUUUUCCCGCGAGAGAUGACGUAAGUCGCCCUCUGUAUCAAAACUCCAAAAUGAUUAGAUAAUUUUCAGAAAGAAGCUGAAAUCUAUUGUGAAAGAUGGGGAAUGUUUGUGUUGGUUGAGGCAAAAGCUGAUGGAAAUCGUGUGUCUUGCACAUAUGAAAAUGUCUAUGAAUGCAAAGAUAAUUUCGAUCAAAUUCGUGGAAUGUGCUAUAAAAAGUUUCACACACUUCAAAAUUACACCGAAGCCGAGGAAGAAUGCAAGAAAUCUCACGCGGGAGCAGAGAUCCUGAAAUUGCAUUCAAAACAUCAAUCGGAAUUGUUGGAAGCGUUUUUUGGCGACACCCUAAAAAUGUAUUUUCUACAACCGGAUAAAACACUCGAACAAUCUUCGCAAUUUGUUGCUGAUGAAUCAAAUGAUCCAAAUUCGAAUUAUGUGAUUACUUAUACUUAUAGUAUUCAUUAUGAUGUUGGGCCGAAUACAAUUUUGAAAUUGAAUGAAAAUGUGAAAGCAUUUGCGAUGUGUAUGUACCAACCACCGGAAACGAUUCUUAGUUUUGCGGUGAAAGCUAAAAAACUUGCGAAGUAUUAUUAUCCUACACAAUUGGUUGGUGCAAUGGGUGUAUGGAGAACUUCUUCGCAUUAUACACCAACGUAA